CUUGAGUUCGAUCAUCAUGGAGUCCAAGGGCGGCAAUCCGUUCCUGAUGGACGACUACGCGGCCGAGCCGGUCCCGCAGACUUCCAAUCCCUUCCUCCAGGAUUUCGCCGACACGUCGACUUCCGGCGGCGACGUUCAGAAUCCCUUCCUGAACUUCGCCAGCGAUCAGACGUACGAGCCGCCGGCGGUGUCCAUCGACUCCACCAACCCUUUUGCCAGCUUCGGCAUCGAAAGUAACGUCCCGGACGCCGGAUUCGGGGCGGCCAGCGAUACGCCAGCGACCAACAUCUUCACUAGCCAAUCAGCCAACAUCUUCGCGCCGGACGACGACGCGAGUCUGGAUCUAUUCGGCACGAUUACGACGACGACGCCGCCGACGACGACGACGACGUCGACGACGUCGACGAUCGAGGAAAAGCCGCCGACCCCGAUCGCGAGUCCGCCUCGGCAACCCGCAGCGACACCUCCCUCGAGGAACGGGAAACCGCCGCCAUCGAGACCGCCACCUCCCAGACCGCAGCCGCCGCCGCCACCGCCACCUGUCAAAAAUACGAAGGACCUGAUAUUGUCGGUGACAGGCGCGAUGGACGCCACCUCGAACCAUCUUCUGGAUCGCUUGCAGAUGACGCGGACGCCCAGUCCGACGCUGAUGCACUCCCCAUCGCCCACUCCGGAGCAUAGUUUCGCCGAUCUCCUGGACGUUGACAGCAACGUGCCGGAUCUGAUUCCGGAUGACAGCGCGAGAGCCGCGGAGCCGCCGCCGGCCAAUCGGGACAUCAUGGACCUGUUCGACGCGCCAAAUGCGGAUGACGUCACCGCGUCCGCCAUCUUCUCCACCUCGAUGACCACCGCGGGGACCACCAGUCUCGUCACCGGGAUACCCGCGAAACAGGAGAAUCCCUUCGCGAGUAUGGCCGAGGAAACGGUGUCGCCGGUGAUCCCGCAAGCGCAGCCCGCUUUUGGAAUGGAAUACCCGGAGGAAUACCCUGAAGUCAGUGACGAGAAACGGCCUUCGAUCACCACCGCGAGUCCUUUCGCGGACAUCGAACCGGAAGUGCCCGUCACUUCCGGUCUGGAUUUCGCGGAACCCGCACCCGUUUCGGCAGCGGCUGCUGAGCUCUUCCAAGGAGGAGAGCCCAUUUCCGUCAGUGCUGACGUCAAUUUCUUCUCCAUGAGCGAGAGCGCCACAGCGACGCCAUUCGGCGUACCAGAAGUCACUUCCACGCCUUUUGCGGCCGCGGCGACCACUCAACCCUUAUUCGCGACGGCGGAAAUCGCGCAGUCGCCCGGCCGGGACGCCUUCGCCUCGGAUCUGCUGGGUGAUUUCGGCGAACCGACCAGGGAGAUCGUCGACGGCGGUUUGAUCUCCACCAGUCCGAUUCCCGGGGCGGAGUUUCCCGGAAACGAGGCUUACCGGCCCGAGGAACAGCUGGACAACUUCGCCGCCACGACUAAAGCGAUCGAGGAAACCGGCGACUCGUUCGACGCCUUCGCGUCCAAGUUCGACAAGGCCGCCGAACCGGAAAUCAACGGGGGAGAUCCCUUCCUGGACGCCUUCGGUGGACCGACCGCCAUGGACACCUCCAGCGAUGUUUGGGGAGACUCGUCAGUGACCGGUUCGGAAACGGCAAUCACCGGUUUCGGCGAAUCUGAUGGUUUCGAUUCCUUCCUGAGCAUGACAGCUCCGCCGCCGGACACGAAAGUGAAAAGAUCCGAGUCUGCAGAGUCGGACGAGGGACCGGACUUCAGCGUAUUCAUCAAACCGAAGGAGGGAGAUCAGCUGACGAUGACAGAAGGCGGACCCGUACCUACGUUAGCGCCGCCGCCUAAAAGUCCGCAGGUGGUCGCGUACGCGGAUUCCUCGCCGCGUUUCAAUCCGUUCGAUAAAUCCGGAAUUGCGCAAGAUGCCGUGGUAUCCGAAACCGCUCAAACUGCCGAGAUGGCCAGGACAGAUUCCCAGGAAACCCCGCCUACUCCUCUCUUCGACGAGGACGUGAGCCAACCCUUGGAGGUUCCGAGGAUAACUUACACCGGGGACGGUUGGGAGAUGCAGUUGCGACAGCCGAACAAGAAGAAAAUCACGGGGCAACGAUUCUGGAAGAAGAUCUUCCUGAAACUCGUCUAUCAGGCCGACAGCCCGAUCCUCCAGCUGUUCAACAAACCGGACGACAAAGAUCCUUUUCAAGAAUUACCCUUGCUCGCCUGUUAUUCGGUUUCGGACAUCGGCGCUCAGCAAUUCGAUCAGUACGGGAAGAUCUUUACAGUGAAGCUACAGUACAUCUUCUACAAGGAGAGACCUGGCGUGCGACCUGGCCAGGUCACGAAGGCUGAAAGGCUGACGAACAAGCUCAGCCAGUUCGCGGCAUAUGCUAUACAAGGAGAUUACCAGGGCGUCAAAGAAUUCGGCAGCGAUCUGAAGAAGCUGGGUCUUCCCGUGGAACACGCACCUCAGAUCUCGCAGCUAUUCAAACUCGGUUCCCAAUGUUACGAGGACAUGAAACAGUUCUCCUGCGCCAUCGAGGAGGCUCUCUUCAGGUUGUCGGUGCACCGCGAUCGUGCAUUAACUUACAAAAUGGAGGAGGUCCAGGUAACUGUCGUGGACGAGCUGUAUGUCGAGCAGAAUUCGGAGGGUCACGUGGACAAACAGAUCGCGCGAGUUCGUCUCUUCUUCCUGGGAUUCCUCUCCGGUAUGCCCGACAUAGAAUUAGGAAUAAAUGACAUGUGGCGACAGGGUAAAGAAGUCGUCGGCAGACACGACAUUAUUCCGGUCGUGACGGAGGAAUGGAUUCGUCUGGAGAACGUCGAGUUUCAUGCCUGCGUCCAGCAAGACGAGUACGAAAAGUCUCGGAUAAUCAAGUUCAAGCCGCCUGAUGCAUGUUACAUUGAAUUGAUGCGGUUCCGUGUAAGACCGCCUAAAAACAGAGAGCUGCCACUUCAGCUAAAAGCUGUUAUGUGCGUUACUGGGAACAAGGUGGAGUUGAGGGCGGAUAUUCUCGUGCCAGGUUUCGCGUCCAGGAAACUGGGCCAGAUACCAUGCGAAGACGUGAUGGUUCGCUUUCCCAUACCCGAAUGCUGGAUUUAUCUCUUCAGGGUGGAGAAGCACUUCAGAUACGGCUCGGUAAAAUCGGCGCACAGGAGAACCGGAAAGAUCAAGGGUAUCGAGAGAUUUUUGGGCGCCGUCGAUACGUUAGAGCCGCAAUUGAUGGAGGUCACUUCCGGUCAGGCGAAAUACGAGCAUCAGCAUCGCGCUAUCGUAUGGAGGAUGCCCAGGCUGCCUAAGGAGGGACAAGGCGCGUAUACGACGCAUCAGCUGGUUUGCCGUAUGGCUCUCACAUCUUACGAUCAGAUCCCCGAAAAUCUCUCGGAGUACUGUUACGUGGAGUUCACGAUGCCGGCGACCCAGGUCUCCCAUACAACCGCGAGAAGCGUCAGUCUUCAAAACAGUGACAGCGAUGCCCCUCCGGAGAAGUAUGUCCGAAAUUUGUCGCGUCACGAGUACAGGGUGGGAAUCGAGCAUACGCAGGGCGAAGGACCUGGUGCGUACGUUACGGCGACGAUCGCGAAGAAGACGCCGACGAUCCCGGAAAGCACGCCGGAAGUUCACAGCGAGGUGUCCGAGUCCGCGACAGCCGAAUCCGAUUCCGACUCCACGGAGUAACGCGGAUCAUCUUCGCGGUGGCUAAAUCGAACGUCCCCUGUGUUGUAAUAAUUAGUACAUUCUGAGACGAGAGAGAGAGAGAGAGACGUUACGUAACUCGAGAUUGAUGAGGAGAGUCUCACAUAUGGCCGAGUCUAGUCGUUUAUAAGACGUGAAUAUAAAUACCGUAUCAUGUAUUAAUCUGUAUACAGAGAGAGGAUGUGCGUGCGAACGCGGGGAUGUUUUGGAAAUCGCCGGCAAGUUGCGGAUAACCCAUACAAAAUAUUAUGAGUUUUCAACAAAUAUUUCUAUAAAAUAUU